UUUCCUUCAUAUGUUCAAGAUGUGUCUGCAUAAAAGUUCAAAAGUUCAAAGACAGACAACAAAAACAAAUGUACAUGUUUAAUAAGAUGUUUUGCUGCCUUCAGAGAGGAUCUGAUAGAUGAUCCAGACAAGUUGUAGAAUUUCCCUUUGAACAGAUGUCAUAAACACUGAAAGAAAUCCAUUAUCAAGAGAUGCCACAGUUUCUAACACUGGACCAAUACACUAAAUAUUAAUAAGUACACUAAGAUGUGAAUCUGCAGACAAAAACAUGAGUUGGUUUGUUCAUCUUCUGGGAUUAUGUGAAAGACAUGAAAAAAUAACACAAAUACAUGUGUAUUGGAUACAUUAGCAUGUCAUUAAAUUCACAACUUUUACAAAGCUUACAAUCUCCUCAAAGAAAGAGAUCUAUUAUCAUCAUCAGAUGUUGAGUUGGGAACCAGGGAAUUAGUGAUUAGCAAUGGUGUAAAAUAUGAAAUUUCGAAAACAAAAAAGAAAUUUGAUAAUAUCCUGCACUUGACUACUUCGAGGUGUUCUUUGGAGCAACACUGGGAGUAUAUCAUUAGAGCGAAUAGCGGAUCUGAUGAACACAAGAGCUUUCACAAAACUCUAGUGAGUGUCCUCAACAGACAGGCUGUCACUGCAAUAGAUAAUGAAUAUAACAGAUCUCAAACUAAAUUUCUGCAGGACGUGAAUGGUAUCUGUGAUGUAUCUUUGUGGGUUUCUUCACAUCCUGCUGACAGUCCAAAUACACCAAGGCUAUCGGCUGUAACUUGUGGCAAUGAGGUUAUUGAUCAAUUAGUGCGAUCUGCAGCAUGAGCUUCCACCACAGAUCAGUUCCUAUGGGUGUUGAUAAGUGGAAGAGAGGAUCCUCAUGCUCAAAGAUUAAUAAAAACAAAUGGACAUCAAAAUAUACACGUGUACGGCAGAGCUCACAGGAAUGGGGAUUGCAGGGUUCGGUGUGUGUCAUAGAGACAGUAACGACUGGAUUACGAGGCCGCAAGUCAGUUCAGUUGAAACGUGACAGCUCAGAAGGACUAGGUGGCAGAGCAGACGAUUGUGUUAAUUCCAAUGUAUGUAGUCCACAUCCGUCUGUCUCUCCGAAAACCAGUGCAAUUUCUUGUGUCUCAGUCAACCCUUAUUCAAAAAGACAUUUUCCAAACAAUCAGUUAAAAACCAUGUGUCUUCCAAAAGAUAUUUCUAGUCGCAACACAGUAACUGUCUGUGACCAUGACGCAGGUCUGAAUAGAGAUUCUUCUGUGUUGAACAAACUUGUAAUCUCUACGAUUGAGAAGAACAAAACAAAUGAGGAACCAUUACUGAUGGAUGAUAAUCAUGUGUCCAUUACAUCUACUGUUGAUGAAGCCACAUGUAACUUCCCUGUUAGUUUUGAUGAAGGUUAUGCUGAAGCCAAACAUUGUGCAAAAAGUGGAGUAAUUGAUCAAAAAUCUUCCAAGAAGCUGCCAAAAAGAGUCAAAAGACAGAAAACGAUGUACAAAACUGAUUGUAGAAAGAGUGAAAACCACAAUGUUCAAUUUCUUUCGCGUAAGAAAUGGUGUAUGAAUGAGAAAAUGCAACAAGAAUUACAAUCCGAAUCUAAGGUGGUUAGAAAGACAAACAAGAAUAAGAACCCAUCUUUCGCUGUACUAGCAGCAGCAGCUGUUCAGCAGACCAAAAAAGGAAAGCACACGACCACCGACAAUAUUAUUUCUUUAAACUGUGCAAAGAAUUCUCCCAGAAGAAAAAACAUUGAAAAUAAACAAUCUUCUAUUGACAGUGUUGAGUCCAGUGAACAGAGCGUGAUUGUUUCCAGUGCAUUCAGUGAUUGCAUAACUCAGGUUCUUCCUUCUUUCAAUGACCAGUCUGGACAGCUGAUUGAUCAGUCUCGUUUUUCAACAAAUUCAAGGAAAGCCCAACCCUGCAAGUCUAGCUUACAAAAGCAGACUUCCAAGACUGCACUACUGUCCUCUGAUUACCCAUCCUCCUCACCGGAAAACAUCAUUAAGAGGAGGAGGUACCAAAGAUGUCUUUGUAAACCACGUCAAGAACUUCCUGAAUCGGACACAGAACCAGUACCGUUGUCUGAUUCAACACCCAAGUCAUCCAGAGUUUCAGUAGGCCAAGAUAAAUGUGGUGUGAUAAAACCUACAGUGCCCUUGGAUAACAGUUUGACAUGUGCGGUUUCACCCAUGUCAGAAAGUGAAGUCUUACAUACUUCAGACAUUAACAUUGAUCAUCAAGCAGAUGCUGCGUCUGAUUUGGGAAAAUCCUCAGAAUCCAAACUUGAUGUUCCAAAUCUAGAUCUUGUGAAGGAUGGACUCUUUUGGAAAGAAGAGUAUUCGAAUGGAUUGAAUCGGGACAGAUUUCUCCUAGUGGCACUGCCUCGGUUGGAAGAUGAAACACUUUUGACUCUUGCUGAAGGUGACAGUGACUGCUGUGACAUUUACAGCAUUUCAUCAGAUUCAUCUUUUGUUGGUGUUAAUUUUAGUUUUGUCGACCAAGAUGCUGUGAAGGAUGCCGAUUCAAACGACUACAGUACAUUCAGUGAAGGUGAAAGUGAAAUGGUUGGUCACUCUCCAACUGAUAAAGGAAGUAAUAUCAAUAUGUCAGUUGGAAAACAUGCCAUGAGCAUUGAGCAGUUGAGCCAUAAUGAGGAGGAUGUUAUAGCUGCUCCAGAUGUUGAUGCAGGCCUUGGAAGUGUGAAAGACACAUUAUCCACCUUUGAUCAGUGUAUUGCUAUAAAUAAUAAAGACAAGUAUUUAUAUUCCAAAAAUUGUGAAAUGGGUACAAAUAAUUUCAGUUCUCUUGUGGUUGAGAGGUUUCGAGAAGAAACAACUGACAAUUUUACCAGUUCAGAGGUUGAGAGCAGAGAUAAAGCUAUUGGACAAGUUACUGAUAAUGACUUUAGUUCACUGGCCAAAAAAUGUUGUGUUCAUCAUCUCAUUUCUGAUGAGAAAAAUUUUACCACAGUGAACUAUGUCUCACCAACUUACAGUGACUCACAUUAUAGGGAGUCUGUUAACAAAGUCCAUUCUCAAGUUGUUGGUGCUGAUUGUGUCUGUGCAGUGAAUGAUGGUAAUAAUAUCAAAAUGACACUAUUGUGUGAACAGGUAAAUGGUGAUAUUUUUAACGCUGAUCAAUUGGAUGCUGAUAAUGACUUCAGUUUGGCUGUGCGAGAAUUUUGUGAGAAUGACUUAAGUAAAAAGCAUGUAUCUUGUGAUUCUUUACAAGACAAUCCUUCAAACAAAGAAAGAGAACCCCAAAAUGUCAUGGAUAUAGAAAAUACAGUUUCGUCCACAAAGGAAAGUACUACAACCAUAAGACGUCCUUUUAGUGAGUGCCCCCAUAUUAGAACAAGCGUGCCAGAAUCUUCUUCUAGUGAUGUCAUGAAUUCAAGCUCUAAUAUCAAUGCUGAUGUUAUCCUUGGAGAUAGUCAUUCAUCAGUCCAAGAAUAUGAGAAGACUGUUACUUCGGACCAUAAAGCCACAUCAUCUUUUCCUAACACCGACUUUUCUGUUGGCAGAGACGAAAAUGGUGGAGAAACCAGCAUGUUUUACAAAUGUUCUUCAGACCAAGACGCAGAUGAGAGUUUGAAUUCAGGAUCUGGUGACAAUGGUCUUCCUGGAGCUGCUGAAGAUGUAGAUUGCCAUGUUGAUGAGCUGAUCUGUUCGCCAAGCAUGUUCCUUCAGCAGAAAUACCAGUUGUCACUGAAUGCAGAAUUGGAAUUUUCUGUUGAAAACAUUUCAAAACAUAUUCUGUCAUCAUGCCAGUAUGAUGGUGUUGAGUAUGCACAGACUGAGGCAGGUGACAGUGAUACAUCGAAGAAAUGCAGAAAAAAUUUGGAAGACAUGCUCAAUAGCUUGAGAGAAGUGGAUGCAUGGACAUCAUCAAGUGACGUCAGUUUGACCGACUCGUUAGCCCAUAAGAGUGUGGACAGUUUGUCAGACAUCGUGGUGGAUGAUAUGGUAAUAUCUGAUAGUGGGAUAGAUUGUAAUGUAAGUGUCUCAGCUGAUGAUGUGAAGGGAGAUUGCUUUACUCAAGAAGAUGACCUUUACCUUCUACAAGAGGCUCUCAAUUGUUUGGGUACUGGAAUGUUUAAAAAUGAUAAAACCUCAGGAGAUAAUACUCUUGGUAAUAGCGAUAAAAACUCUGGACAUAAUACUCUUGGUACUAACGAUAAUAUCUCUGGAGAAAAUCUUCUUGAUACUGAUGAAACACAGACAAAUUCAGCCAUAGAGUGUCCCAAAAGGAAAUGGUGUCAAGAGAUUUCUGUAAACUCUCAGAAAGAACUGAACAGUGACUCAUUUGUUGUUGAACAUUCAUUAUAUUCUAUGAAAAUGGCUGCAGUCCCCAAUCCUGAAAUUAAAGUUGUAUUGGAAAGACUUGACUUGGAGAAUAUUGGUAAAAUAGGAGAUAUGCACUUGGAUAGAAUAGGCUCUUCUUGGAAGGUGAGAUAUGAUAACAAACCACCUAUUGACAAAAUGGGUAGAAAAUUACCUGAAGAAAAAAUAAGUGUAGGUAGCACUUUGUCUCGGGACAAAAUAGGUAACAAUUCACCUCUGGACAAAGUAGGUAGCAAUUCACCUCUGGACAAUGUAGGUAGCAAUUCACCUAUGGACAAAGUAGGUAGCAAUUCACCUCUGGACAAUGUAGGUAGCAAUUCACCUAUAGACAAAGUAGGUAGCAAUUCACCUCUGGACAAAGUAGAUAGCAAUUCACCUAUGGACAAAGUAGGUGGCAAUUCACCUGAUGACAAAAUGGGCUGUGAGUCACCUGAGGACAAAAUGAGUAUCGAAUUGGCUGUUGACGAAAUAGGUAUCAGGUCAUUUGUGCACAAAAUAGGUAGCAUAUCAUCAAAGAAUAAAAUAGGUGGCAAAUUACAUUACAAAAUAAGUAACAAGUCACCUUUGAAUAGUAUGGGUAGCAAGUCACCAGAUAAAAUGGGUAGUUUUUCACCUGAAAGCAAAACGUGUAAUAAGUUGCUAAAGGGCAAAAUGUGCAGGAAGUCGCCUGAGGGAAAAAUAGGUAGGAUUAGAAAACCUGUGAAGAUGAAGUCGGACAAACGUGGUAGGCCACCAAAAGCAAAACAGAUUGGGGAUAAAAAGCUUUUAAAAGAAUCGGCAUUUCAAAAAUACUUGAAUAUUGAGAUGGAACUUGAGAAAGGUAAACCGUAUUGUAAACGCUCCACUGAUGAAGUCCUUCCGUGUGACAAAAGCAGAUUGUAUGCAAAUAUUGAUUCAGAGUCAGAACGUUCUUUGACAAGUCCACACAAAAUGGAGAAGGAUGUGUUUGAUUCCAGUGAGUUUGGAAAGGCUAUAACUGCUUCAGAAUCAAAAACAAAGAAAUCGAAAAAACCUAAGGUGUGUCGUCAGAGUUCUACUGAAAAUCAAAAUGAAAUUGACAAAUCACAAGACUAUAGAAAAUCUGAACCUAAAGUAGCCUUUCCUUUGGAUAUAUUAGGUAAACCGAAAUCCAAAUUGGCCCAGAAAAUACUUCGACAAAGAGAUAAGGAAAAACUAGCAAAUAAGAAAUCAUCUUCAUUUCCAUCUUUAGAAAUUGCACCAUUUAAGGAUAUCAUUUCUUCAAGCAGUUUAAAUUUGUCUGAUUCUAGUGCAUUUGGGUUCCCACCAAAAGUCACAUUUGGUAGAAGCUUUAGGAAAAGUGACCAGAGUAAAUUGAAUGAUAGUGACUCGGAUAGGCACAGAUCACCAUUAGACCUGUGUGUGGAUGUUAAUGACAACACUAGGUUCAAAACCAUCGAUGAAUCUCAAGUGUCGGUGUUCAAAUCUCCAAAGUCCCCCAAAGAUCGGCAAAACUUUGUGUUUGGUGACACCAGUUUAACAAAUGAGGCUUUGCAAGGUAAGAACAGUUCGCUGGAUGUGCCUGAAGAUACUGAUUCCCUGGUUGAUUCUCCAUAUAAGGACUCCACUGUAAAGUCAGAGCUUCUGUCACGUUUAGAGUCCGUUUUGAACUCGUCCUCAAGUUCAGUAAUCUCGUCACCAACCAGUCCUAGAUCCUCCACUCCACUGACAAAACGACGAAAGCAGCAGAUAGUGAUGUUUUCACCCAUUGUUCGCUCCACAUCUGCUAACAUAACGAAAGAAGCUGAGGUCAUCAAUGUGUCUUCUGGGCUUGCUACAAAGAGUAUUUUGAAGAAUAGUACGUCAAAUAUACUGGCUGAACUUAAAAGUGGAUAUUCGGCUCUUACUGGUGUGAAACAAAUUGAAGAGAAAUCUCUCAAAAUUCAAGACCCAUCCUGCUCAGAUUCACUGUUAAGCAUGGAUUCUUUAGGAGAUGAUUGUGUCCUAGGGGGAGACUGCCUGCAGGGAGUUGGUAUCGAGAAGGAUUUUGCUAGUGUAGCACAUCUUGAUGACAGUACAGCUGAUCUUGUUUCAUGCACACUGUCAACAGAAUUUUAUCAAAGUUCUGCUGAGGAAGACAAAUCUUUUCAGCAAUGUUUUGCUGAAUCUCCAUUAUUCCCAGGUGAUAAUAUACUGAUGGCACCUCAAUCUGAAGCAGAAUCUGGUGGCAGUCAGGAUAUUUCACAUCAAGAAAUCAAGGACCAACAGUCUGAUUCAGGUGGCAGCAGGACUAAGAAUGACAAGGAUCCCUAUGUUUUCAAUAACACAGAGAACCUUUCACUGGACACUGCUGGUCUAAGAAAUACAACUAGCUAUGUAGAUGUUAGCUGUGGAGAUAUUGCUGAACGACGGAAUGGGCUAGUACAGGUCAAUUGUGAAAACAUCACUAAUCCGGAAAAGGGUUCAAGCCUUAUGAAUGAUAAUCUCAUAUUAAGCUCUGAAGACAACACUAGUCUUGGAAAAGGUCUAGAUCAAAUGGAUGACAAUCAUAUUAACAGAGAGACUGAUAUGCUGGAGUCUUUAACAGACAAUGUCAGUGGCACUUGUGUUGGCAUUCUGGAUUCUACUAAAUUGGAAUAUAGUCCAAGUAUUAAAGAUGGAAACCAUAACAUUAUCAGCAUUGGACACACUACUAAGCUACAAGAUGAUGAAAAGUUUAAAGAUAACUGUAUGAUCACUGCAAGCACGGCCAAACCUGAUGAGAAAGUGAGUAGUACGGAUGACAUCGACAUCACUAACUGCAGCAAUGAGAGUGCACUACAACUUACCAACAUCUCAAGCAUCAGUGUCUCUGAUGACCAUUCCCAAGAGUCUCACAACCUGCCCGAUGACAUUGCAGACCUGGUCAGUGGGGAGGAGGUUUUGGAAGGAUAUGCCAGCCAGGUUGAGGGAUCGUUGUUGGGUCUCUCCCUUGAAUCAGAGAAUCUGUCUAGUCUUGGCAACAGUGAAGCCGACGUGGGUGGUGUGGAAUUGGACUUUGUAAGAUGUUUUAAGCACAGUGAUGAAGUACCAGAGGUUGGUAACAAGGCAAAGUUGAGCAGUGUGGUCAAGGCUGUUGAUGAGGUGCUGAAGGAUGGGGCCGAAUCAGACUCCAAUGAGGACAGUAGUGGGGAUCACACUGAUGUUCAGUCUUCAGCUAGUAGUGCUCGAGAUUCAUCUGGCACAGCAACACAGGACCACACUGCUGAUGAUGAUAAAACAGAUGAUGAGGACGAUGCCAUUUCUCUCCUUGCUCCAUCAGAAGCAUCCUUCCUCUCUGACUGUGUGGAGGAUGCAGAGGAAAGUAAAAAGAGCAUUAAAACUCCUGUUAAAAUGGUCGCAGCCAAUCAGGUGCCUAAUUUGAAGUCUGGCAUAGCUAAAUCUGAAUGCAUUUCAAGUGAAGGUGAGAUGAAGGCUGAACAAAGUGGAAAAAUUAAAAAGACUGUGAACAAGGAGAAGCCUGCGCCGACUGAUGAGAAAUCUAAUGAUAAAGCUUUGAUAAACAAGGAUGUUCAGAUUCAGCAGACUAUAAAUAAUUACGUGGAAACUUUGCGUGGAUUGGUGGAGCAGAAAAAUCUCUUCAGAUGUCUUGAUGUUCUGAAGAGAGUGGAAAACACUGCCCACCUAACUGGCCGUCCCGUAGACUUACCGGUCGACAUUCAGAUGGGUGUCCUGGAAAUUAGUAUCGACUAUGGCUACACAGUGGGAGCGUUCCACAUCAUGAACAGACUUUAUUCCAAGCCACAUUUACUAACCACCGAGAUCUGUAACCGAGUGUUGCGAAUGUGUCAUCCCUUCCGACGUGAUCGUAUCGCCGACCUGUACAAAAUGUUUGACACAAUGAGAGAUCUGAACAUCAUGCCCAACAUUGACUGUUUGGUUUCUCUCAUCAGAGCGUUUAUUGAGAGCGAGAGCUGGGAAAAGGUGUGGGAGGUGUUGAAGUAUGCAGCCGAGUGUUCGGAAUUGAUGAUCCCGACCCGUGUCCAGGAGAUGGCGCUGCAGGUGUGUCUCAACAAGCCCGAGCAGUAUGCCACAUUCGGCAUCCAGUGGCUGCGCGGCAUGCUGGGAGAACGCUUUGUCGAAUAUCUGCCCGACGUCAACCACAAUAUUUUAGUCGACCUGGCUGAGAUGUGUAUCGGCCAUCAUGAACGUGACGCAGCCGUUCAACUGAAGUCAGCCGUUUCCCCAACAUUGACGAUCUGUAUUGGCUUUGAAGAUGAGGAAGACAUUUGUCCAGUGUAUAGUGAUGAGUUGAAAGCAUUUGCUGUCAGAAUAAAGGGUUGUGGUCUGACUGAGAACUGGAGAUACCUGGCUCAGACGUUUAUUGAUGUGUGCGCCAGCUUCACUGUGAACAACAGACAGCUCUUACAGAUAUACUGUGAUGUGCUGCUCCACUCAAAAAGUACCCAGCAAAUAGUUUAUUCUUUCACAGAAUUUCUUCGGGAUGUGGUAAAGGAGUUUGAAAGAGAUCGUCACGACAACCCUCAUGUUACACUGGACUAUUCCACUAUUGGUCAGAUUGGUCGGAGUCUGCUGUUUCAUUGUUACCAUGGUAACAAUCUGAGUCACUGCUACACGCUUCUCUCAAAGUUACUCGAAUUCAAGUUGCCUUGUCGCAGUCGAAAUCCAGCCGUAGACCAGCAGUUUCUCACAGUCGCCAUGGAAACCUGUAUUCACAUGGAUGAAUGUCGCCUCUGUGUCCAGAUAUUUGAAGGCUUCAACUGGCAAGCCGAGAACAUGGCGAGCGUUGAUGAUCUCAGCAGAUUCCUCUUCCUUGUUAUGAAGCUGCUCAACCAGUUCCUCGUCAGAGGUGAUUGUAAGAGUGCCGCCAGGAUCCUGUCUCUCAUCCUCUGUCAGAAGGAAGUCUGUGAGACAAGUAUCAUGUCAGAACCAGAAUUCACCAGUCUUCAGAAUAACCUGAUCUGCAAGGCGGUGAACAUGGGAGACAUGGUGUCGGCCGUCAAGAUGUUCAACCUCCACGUGUCUGCAUUCUGCAUGCAGUCACUGGAGACCCAGACACUGCGCCUGCUCGUCGUAUCGUGCGCCGAGACCGGCCUGGUCGCAGAGGCGCGCCACAUCUUCAACCAGUGCAAGAAGCUGAGCAUCUACAGCCGGCCGAGCGUGGUGGAGGUGCCGCGCGAACUGCGUCUGUCCAGCCGGCUGACCCCGGCCGAGGUGCUGCUGGUGAUCGAGGACUUCCUCCAGGAAAUCUACGGCUACCUGUGCUCACAGACGCUUGACGGCCGUACGCUCACCUGGCAGGAGCUGGAGCUGUCGCUGAAGAUGGUCAUGUACGGGACGGAGAUCGUGGACGACCCAUACCUGUCGGUGUUCCCGCGGUCUGUGCCCGCCGCUCAGAACAUGGUGCUGUCGAUCGUCAGACAGGACCUUGAGCCUCCUCUCGCUGCCACAGUCGUCACGCUCGGUCUCAUCGAGAUCAACUGCAACACGCUGCAGAUUUACCUGCAGGCUCUCGAUCACAAAGGUAAUCGACAAGGUUUGCAUUUCACAAGAUUGUCUUACCUUGGGGCACCCCCCAUAGCACCGAUGGACCAGGACAUUUCAAAGUUUCGGUACGACCAGAGAAUCGUGGGUGCCAGACCAGUCACACGAGGUGCAAUUCUACCCCAUCAGCGAUUUGGAAUAACCAGACCACCAAACCCCAGUGCAGUGUUGAGAGGACGAGGAACUGGUACCAGUCUGUCACACUCGCACACAUACCCACCACCCUUUGAGACCAUGACCUUUCCUAACCCACCCCCGUCAAACCCGCCGCCCUUUGAGGCGAUGACCUUUCCAAACCCACCACUGUCAAAACCGUUACUACAUCUACCUGACUUGAUGCAGGAAAUGGUUUUACCUCCCAACAGGUUUGAUGUUGUCAGUUCUUCUGGCGCCUGUCCUCCUCGGAUGGCAGGCGGUCCUCGGCCUCAGAUGGCGGGGCGUGACGCGCGACUAGAGAGACCGGUGAUACAGUCGCAGCAGAGACCACCGAGAGGCAGGGGGAUGUGGGGAAAGAAAAAUACACCAAGAAACACACAGUAAACUCCUAACACAGCUUGUCAAGAGAUUAGAAAUAGGUAUAAAAACAAAUAGUAGAAAUAUGUUACAUAAAUACCCAUUUUAGCUUUUUUGAGAAGUGUAAAAAAUAACAUCAGCAAUUAUGUGUAACAUAAAUACCCCAACUCAGCUGGUUGAACAAAAGUACAUCAAAAAAAGAAUGACAGAAAUGAUACGAUGUAAAUGCAGCUGAUGGAGAUUAAAAAUGUAUCAUGAAAUGAAGUAGAAAAAUGAGAUGCUGAAUUGAAUACCAAGUAAAGUAGCUAAAACAAAGAGAUUCUUUGAGUGUUUAGGACAAAAACUAUUUUAAUUGGCUAGCUAAAUUCAAGUAUUUCAGAGUCAAACAAAAUGCAACUUUGAAGAAGCUUCUUGGCUAAUUUACUACCAAAUGUAUUCUAACAUGCAUUCAUAUCUGUUGGAACAAAGCUUAAACAAUCAAAAUGGACCAGUAUUAAGUAUUUUUAGUAUUCAAGCAUUUAAAAUAAACCAACCGUAUUCAGUUUUAAUACCAGUGCAUGCCAUUCUUCAUUAUUAAUUGGCCAUAACUGCUAGUUUUAGGUCACAUACAAAUGUGGGGGCGAGACGUAGCCCAGUGGUAAAGCGCUCGCUCAACACGCGGUCGGUGUAGGAUCGAUCCCCAUCAGUGGGCCCAUUGGGCUAUUUCUCGUUCCAGCCAGUGCACCACAACUGGUAUA